UUAGUCUGGCGCUUUGAAGAGGAGAAUAUCUAUUGGGGAGAGAGGGAUAGAAUCAUUUAGAUUAUAGAGAUGCACACAGAACGGAAUCUACAAUGCCGCAGGGAAAGCACAGAGAAUAUGACUCGCCUAGAGACGGCGUUUUAAGCUGCCGAUUUCCUCCUCCUCUGCCUGUCUGGAUUCCGGAUCUCCUCUGUCUGUCGAUGCACCACCCACCACCAUGUCCGCGACGAGAACCACGCCCACAACGAUGAGCACGACCACGAGCGCGAGCGCGACUGCGGAUACGACGCUGGUCAAGGUCCUGGAUGUCGUCGAGCAGAUCGUAUUAGACCCGAGCGCUAUCUACGGCAGCGUGGUCGCUGUCGACACCGCCAACGACCUGACGACCAUCGCAAUCGGCGGAAAUAACCCGGUCUACAACGGCACGUUGACCAUCACGCAGGGCCCCUCAACCAUCGCAUUCAAUCACCUGGACAGCAUCGUCGACGAUGACUUGACGGAAUGGUACUCCUUAUCGCAAACCUGCGAGAUCACCUCCUCCGCCCUCAGCGCCAUCUGUCUCUACUCGGAGUGGCCGGUCUCCGACCAAGGCUCCUACACUGGCAUUUCACCCACCGCGCCCGCGACGGUUCCCAUCAAUACAGCCUAUCUCUUUUCCCUCAGCGCGAAUGAGUUUGCCUAUGAUAUCUUGACACUCACUGCCGGUCUCUCCAAACUUCCUGCCUCGGCGUCCGCAACCGCUACGUCAACCGCCACAGCAACAGCUACAGCUACAGCAGCCGCUACAACAACUAGCUCUACCACCUCCUCUUCAUCCUCGUCAUCCAAAGCAUGGAUUGCCGGUCCUGUCAUUGGUAGUGUGUGUGGUGUCGCCCUACUGGCCCUCGGAGCAUGGUGGUAUCUUCGUCGGCGGAACCGAAAAACACCAGCAGAAGCCCCUGGGACACAAGGGUACCAGCAGCAGCAGCAGCAGCAGCAGAUGGAACAGGCACCACCCUACUACGAUCCAUAUUACCGAUCCAAGCAGAUGUCGGAGCUCUUGUCGCCAAACUCGACGAAACAUGAGAUGCCGCCGGUUGAACUGCCUCCUACUGUUCCAGCGCGGGAGUUGCCGUGAUUAUUCUGGUUGAGACAUACUUCAUACCCAUUCAUGUCAAGCUGGAAGACUUUUAAUGUACCUAAUAGUGAUAUCUUUCUUUAUGAACUGUUAUUUUGGAAUCAUAGUCCGUACCUUGGGAGCGGAGAUUUG